ACAGAUCAUCUUCAAAAAGGGAUCCGCACUUUCCCUGCCCAACCUCAGACAGUGAUAAUGUUUGGGCGCUAUGAACAAUUGCAAUGACUGAUAGAGGGUUUGGGAAGAUCUGCCCGGAGACCCAAGGGAAGCUGUGUUUUCUGAAAUAAGUAUUCACUAGCACAGAUACAUCCUGCAGAAAGGAGAAAGACUGGGCCUCAGCUGCACCUACUACAUCCUGGCUUGAGCUAAGUCCUGUCACAAAUUUCAUGUCAUUUCAUCCGUUAAUAACAGAGAGAGCCAGGCACCCAAAUGCAGCAAGCCCCAUUCAAUACAUCAGUAUUAGGAACUCUGCAGAGACGAGUAAACGUAUAGGAUACCAGAAUGGAGUACAACGCCAGAGUGCAUCGCCAAGCCUGAGCCCAGGAAGGAUAAAACACGGCUCUUCCUUUCUGCUACUGGAACUCUCCAGCAACCUGACCUCAGAAGCAUCGCGCACGCCCUCAGUCCGCCUGACAGGCCCCGCCACCACUCCUCAGAGUCGCCGGAUGUGCGGGCCGAUGGCCAAGGUUUGGAGAGUUUCCGGGACUGGCCCGGUGGCAGGGUGGCAGCCCCGCCCUUCCCUGGCAGCCAGGCCUCCUCCUCCUCGGCCCUCGCCAGGGCAGGAGGUGGGAGGGGAAGGUCCUGCUGGGACGGGGGAGGGCAGGGACGGGGGAGAGCGCCAGCUCUGCUCCGCUCUGCCCGCCGAGAAUCAGCCUCUGGAAGUGACCAGCGCUCCUCCUAGCGGGGAAGGAACGCCCCGAGAGCCUCUCCGGCUGCCCCCGGCCGGAUCCGGGGAGACCGGGCGCCUCCGCCAGGCCUGCUCCGGCUUCGCUGCGUCAGAGCCAUCGCAGUUGAAAAAGCUCUUUCACAGCCAGUUCCACCAACAAUUUGGUGAUUUUUCAGAGGAUGCAUUUUUUAACACCCAUUUCACAGAUGAGAACAUUGAGUCUGUCUAUGCCAGGUCUUUUUAUUCUACUCUCCGCAGGUUUUUUUUCUUUUUUCCAGUACACCCCAUUCAAAACUGGCAAGGAGGAAGAAAUAGCUGUUUUCUCACCCCGUCCACCCACACCCUCACACAAACGUUGCACUGUCUGGAGAACAGGACUGGUUCUUUUCUUUGCCCUCAGCCACCAGCCCUAACUGCCCAGUAGUCCCUGAUUAAAACCAUGUUGACUCACUGGCUCACCCCUCUCCUGCCAGGUCAUCCUGCUUUUUCAAACUCUGUUCAUCUCAGGUCAGCAGGCCUGACCCCACCACUCCCCAGGAGAAAAGGCAUUCUGCUCUCUGGUCAGAUCCAGGGUUCAGAAAGUCUCCUUCUGGAGCUACCUCUAAGAAACACAAGCCGUGCUAAGGCCUUGGCAGCUCAAAUGCUGGGGUGGAGGAGGUGGGGUGUGGCUCUAGCCCUGUCAACAGAAACCCCAGAGGCCUUCAGGCUGCCCCCUUGAGAGCAGACCCAUCACCCCUGCCCUGGCAGAGACCAAUCGGAGAGAGACCAUUUUGGAGCCGCUCACUCGUCAGGGAGGGGGAGGUGACCCUUGACCUGUCUUCUUCCCUGAAAACAAAGUCCUUCCUCUGAGCUCUCAGGACUGGCCUCCUGCACUGAAUACAGCCACAUGCAGCCCCUGGGGAUCCUGGGGUCCUGGGGACAGACCCCAGAGGCCUUGGCUUGGAGGCUUGCCCAGGCCUUGGAGCCUGGUCUCCUCACGGGGCCAGAAGGGAGGGCCUGCUGUCACCGCCCGGAUCCUGUCAUGGGACAGAGCUGGGCUUGGGCUCAAGGACAGAACAGGCAGACAGUGAUCUGUGUUUUCUGGGAAGGCCGCCAGUCCUCGUGCCCUCUGGCUUCCGGGCAUCAAGGAGAGCGGCUGAGUAGGCACCCCCCGCUGCCCUCGCUGGGUCCCCUCCAGGCCCAAGCUGUGUGGGCACACCCCAUCUCUGGUGUCAGGCUGAGUUGCAGCAGGAAGGGCCACAGCACUCAGCCCCUCCCUUGCCCCCUGCUUCAUGAACUAAACAGUGUUGCAUUGAUGGAAGGAGGCCCAUGGCCUGAGCCUCAGGGCUGUGCCAGCCUGUGCCCAAGAGUACACAGAGGUUAAGCCCCUAGUUGUUGCAUCCUGAGGGCAACUUAUCCCUCCCACCCCCGGCCCAGCUGGGCUGCUGGAGGCAUGGGAAAGGCAUUUGAUUUGGCCUCAAAAGCUGGGUUCUGCCAUCCACCUGGGGGACGGUGCCAUGGCCUUUCACCACAUGAGCCUGUUUCCUCAUCCAAGCCCAGCAAUAAUCCCUGCUGCACCCACCUUCCUGGUUGCUCAGAGUCUUGGAGUGCCUUACAUCUGGAAGCAUGUAAGGCACAGUACUCCCAUGAGGGCCUCUCCCUAUUAUUAAAGUAAGAGUUUCAUAAAGGCUUAUUUGACCUGGUUUAAUACUUUAAUUUUCUAUGUGAGGGGAAACAAAGAGGAGAUGAAGAUUGGGGAGGGUGUGGGCCACCAGCCAGCGGAGUUGGGCUGUCCUCAGGCAUUCCGCCCUGAGCCCGAGGGAGCACCCAGGCCAAGCCUCUCGUGGCUGACGGACUGGGCAUCCACCCACCUGAGGGCAGGACUAGUGGGUGGCCCUGUGCAGGGCACCAGUGUGAUCUUGGAACUCAGCUCCCACUUUCUGACUUGGUAGAUGCCCCUCCUGGCUCCUAGAGUACACAAGGGACUCUCCUGACCCACCCUUUCCUGGCUAUUCUGUGUGCCUUGGGGAGCCACAUUUCUCAGAAAGUAAAUGGGGCUUGGACAGAACGAGAAGGGUGUCAACACAAGAUCAAAAAGCAGGUCGCAGAAGAAGCAGUUGAAGGGAUGUGGGCAGUUCAACCCAGGUGGGGAGAACGAUCUUCCAAUAGCAGAGGGCAGUCAUGCAGGGGUGAUUGGACUUUCUUUGACCCCAAAGGGCCUGGCUAGGCCUGAGAGUGGACUUUGACAGAGGGCAGAUUUUGACUGCUAUCAGAAAGAAAGAAAUUUCCAACAAAGAAUACACUGAGCUUGUGGCCAGAGAUCCUCUGGUCACUAGACGUGCCUGUGCUAGACUGGACACACAUGACAGUGGGGAGCUGAUACUAUAAAGGGGCUUGUGAAUUAAGGGCAUUAGGGGAUCCUCCCCGCUUCCUGGAGAGUCCCAGCUUCUCUGUUCGCCCUGGGAUGGGAGGCUUUCCCUGGUAUUAAUUAGAAGCUCUGCCGAAGAGGGUUAUUCAGAACAUAAGUGCUUGGCCAGAGCAUGCUGCUGGUACCGCCCGAAGCGCUACACAUUGUACAUAUUAUCCACUUGUAGGAAGGGCCCAGGCGUCUGUCAGAACAGGCAGUUUCAUGGGUUAUAAAUGGUUCUAUUUCCAUUUAACCUUCUGUGUACAUAAAAAGAAGUGUAUCUCUCCCCUUGCUAUGUAAAUAGAGCCCACGGAGGAGCCUCACACUUACUGCCGUGAAGCAUAUGGCCUUCGAGGUGCCAGGAAAAACAAGUCCUCGCAUGAAAAUAACCCACCCUGAAAUGCGGUGGGCCAGUCUUACAGGGCUGGGUGGUCCCUUGGC